AUGCUUGCACAGCUCCAGGCUUCUUUCAAUCGACAGCUAGAGGAGUGCAGCAGAGGUAUCCUCCGUAAAAUAGACAAAAUGCAGCAGCAAGCCAUAAAGGCAAGGGAAUGCGCAACUCAACUGAACGAGGCCACCGAUCCUUCAGCGCCAGAGUUGUCAGUACCUUGCAUUCCUGACGUUGUAAAAGAUCUGGAAAGUGCGCUGAGGAGCCCGGGUGCGUCAGGGAUCACCGGAGGCGAUCAUGGGACAGCAUCAUCGGAAAGAGGAGCCAAUCCUACGGACUCAGGGGCCAAAAGAGCCCUUGACAAAAUGAUGGGAGGGAAACUGCAGACCGAAAAUGCACUCACCUCACUUGAUAUCAAGGCUGACAAGUGGGAGGCAUGGAUGGAUGCUGUUUCUCCAGAGGCGAUGACGGACGCGCAGGCAACCAAGUUUUCCGCCUACCAGGAGCAGUUAAGGACCAUAAAAGAAAAGCAGGAGACGAUGAGGGCAAAACUUCAAGGGGAGUUGAAAAAAAUGAGGCGGGUCUACGAGGAGGAGCUGCUGCUCAAUGAGUUAGCAAGCGCAAGGCUCACGGAUAGCAUAACACAAGAGACCAGACUGAGAAAGACUGGAACAGAGCUGCGAAUGAGGCUUGAGACCACUAGACUAGAUGCACAAGAGACAAAUAGAGAACUUCAGAAGCAACAAUGUUCUUGCUGGUUGUUAGAGGAUGAGCGCACGUCUGCCCAACAUGAACACAGAGAAAAGCAAGCUGCCUUAUCAGCUGCGCUUGGGGCUGGGCAUGUGCCGACCGAGGUGCUGGCGACUCUCAACAGACGACUUGACGAUGCGUUAAUACCUCAGGAAGCUCAGGGACAGGGAAGUUCUUCCGGACCACAAGAGGAGCCAGAGCAAGCACUCAGAAGAGAAUGUGCAGCCUUGAGCUGCCGCCUGGACAUGCUAGUUGGUUCAUUAAGGGCGGAGCUUGGUACUGGGUCAGAGGGACCCUUCUGCAAGGUUCUGGAGGCAUCACGUGACGUUGUCUAUGCUCACCGACGGCUAGUCCUUGCGUCUGAAGCGGCAGACGCUGAGCAACAGAAGUUGGCACAUAUCAAAACGAGGCUAGAACUGAGCCAGAAGGAGGAAGCAGCCCUUCGUCUCCAGUUGGAAACUUUUCGGGAUGCAUUCGAAGAAACGCAGCGUGACGUGGAUGUGCUGUUGAGGGUCAGAAAGGGGAUUGUCCAGGAGCUUCCUUCGGCAAUCGCUGGGCUUCGGGGGGAUAUCCCAAAUGGUGCCUCGGUUGUAGUGUCAAAGCAGCAGAGGGAACUUGGCGGCCACCAAUGGGCCUCUCAGCUGCCUACAGAUGGCUUAAAGGAUGGUCAAGAGAGCGAGGUUGGGCUAGGAAGGCUUGAAGAGGAGCGCGCCGAGCUAGAAAAGAAGUCCGCUGCAGUGAUAGCGGAGACUAGGCAGCGGGUAUCCUUGAAACAACACAAAACUGUGCUUGUAGUAUUCCAUCUGGCGGAUGAAUCGCAUGUUGCCCCGCAGGAAAUGGCGAUAGAAAGAACAGAGCGGCAGCUGGAGCGUGUCAAUCAGAACCGAAAGUUCAAGCAGCGUGUAAUUGUCCUUCGCCGUGCUCAGGAAAAACAGUCCAACAAAUAUGCCGCUAGAAGGAAUGCCUCAGCAGCGUGGGAACCAGCAGAUGACAUACGGAUGGCCUCCCAGAUGAAGAUGCGCUUACGGAAAAAUACAGAAUUGAUUAACUCACUUUCCGAAGAACUUAAUGCGUUACGAGAGCGGAGCGUCAUUUUCUUCCAGGAUGUACCGGAAGCACGCCCACUCAAGCAGAAGCCUGCUCCUUAA